AUGAGCCUCCGGCUUUCCCGACGACUGACCUCUUCUUCUCCCUACUCUUUAGUACCGCUUGAGCGGCGUCAACGCCACGAAUUGGUUGGUCGAAGGCCUAUCCUGAUAAUCAGUGGACUGGCUCGAGUGAUAUAUAGGUCCUUGUGUGGGUCUAGAAGUUGUUAUUUACCACUACCAAACACUUCUUGGACCCCUUGGUUUGGUCGAGGCGCGAUCAACGAAGCGUUUCUUCACCGUCGAGCCCCACGGCUUUCUGCGUCUAGGAAGAGGAAACUCCGUCCUUUCCGACGGCUGAUCAGGUUGGUUUCAUAUCGGAAUAAAAACUAAAACUAUUUUUUCAGCACAAUAUUUUCAACCCCCUUAAACUGCGACCACACGCUCCUCCACCGUCUAGCCCCACGGCUUUCUGCGUCUAGGAAGAUGGGCGUCCGUCCUUUCCGACGGCUGAUCAGGUGGGUUUCAUAUCGGAAUAAAAACUGAAACUAUUUUUUCAGCAAAAUAUUUUCAAGCCCUCCGAACUGCGACAACGCGUUUCUUCAUCGUCUGCCGCCACGGCUUUCUGCGUCUAGGAAGAUGGGCGUCCGUCCUUUCCGACGGCUGAUCAGGUUGGUUUCAUAUCGGAAUAAAAACUAAAACUAUUUUUUCAGCACAAUAUUUUCAAGCCCCUUCGAACUGCGACAACGCGCUCCAUCACCGUCUAGCCCCACGGCUUUCUGCGUCUAGGAAGAUGGGCGUCCGUCCUUUCCGACGGCUGAUCAGGUGGGUUUCAUAUCGGAAUAAAAAAACUAAAAACUAUUUUUUUCAGCAAAAUAUUUUCAAGCCCCUCCGAACUGCGACAACGCGUUUCUUCAUCGUCUGCCGCCACGGCUUUCUGCGUCUAGGAAGAUGGGCGUCCGUCCUUUCCGACGGCUGAUCAGGUUGGUUUCAUAUCGGAAUAAAAAAACUAAAAACUAUUUUUUUCAGCACAAUAUUUUCAAGCCCCUUCGAACUGCGACAACGCGUUUCUUCAUCGUCUGGCCCCACGGCUUUCUGCGUCUAGGAAGAUGGGAGCGUCCGUCCUUUCCGACGGCUGAUCAGGUUGGGUUUCAUAUCGGAAUAAAGAAACUAAAACUAUUUUUUUCAGCACAAUAUUUUCAAGCCCCCUUCGAAACUGCGACAAACGCGUUUCUUCAUCGUCUAG